UGCGGUGCCACUGGGGCGGCCGGCCGGCGGGUCCCAGCCCUAGGCCCGCCGGGACAGCGGAAAACGCUCAGCCCGCCCGGGGCAGGGAGAACUUCCCGGGACACCACUCCGGCGGAGCACAGAAGGGGGAGCCGGCCCGGCGGUGCCGGAGCGAUGCGGGAGCAUUGCCUCCGACUAAAGGGGCGGCAUGAGGGCGUCUCGGCUUUAACCUGAGAUCACAACCUUGGCUCUUUGCAGAGUCAGCAGAGUGGAGAGCUGGCAAAGAACUCAAGGGGACGGAAGAAAGAAAAGGGCAUGGAGGGUCAGGAACUGCCUUAUGUGCUAGUUGACUCUAUAGGAGGGAGACUUGGAGUAUACGAAGACCAUCUCGGAUUUCUGAAGAAACGUUUUCAUCUCAUCACCAUUAAAGAAUAUCUUGAAAAUAAGACAUUUCUCAGCAAAAAGAUCAGAGCGAUCUAUAUAUGGUAUCACAAACCAGCUAUUAAUGAAGAGCUGCUCCAGAACUUGCCUAACUUGAAGGUAGUUGCAAGUGCUGGAAUGGGAAUAGAUCACUUGGACCUGAAACUCCUCUCCAGCUAUGGUGUGAAGGUAUCCAAUACUCCAUUUAUUGUUUCCACUGACACUGCAGACAUGGGGAUGGCUUUGUUGCUGGCAUCUUCCAGGAGACUUGUGGAAGGCCAUGAGAUGGCAGUCUCCCCUGACACAGAGUAUUUCCCUGCUGACUGGCUGGGGGCUGAGGUUUCUGGAGCAACCCUGGGGAUCCUAGGAAUGGGGAAAAUUGGUUACAAAGUGGCUGAAAGAGCCAAAGCCUUUGAAAUGAAGAUUUUGUACCACAACAGAAAUCAGAGAAAAAAGGAAGAAGAAAGUGCUGUUGGAGCUGUUUACUGUAAGAAGAUAGACGAUUUGCUCCAGCAGUCAGAUUUUGUGUUAUUGGCUGUGAACUUAACUCCACAGACACACAAACUGAUUGGGAAGAGGGAGCUGGAGCUGAUGAAACCCACUGCUAUUCUUAUUAAUAUCAGCAGAGGUCUAGUAGUGGAUCAGGAUGCUUUGGUGGAAGCCCUCCAAAACAAAGUUAUUAAGGCAGCUGCUCUGGAUGUGACAUAUCCUGAACCUUUGCCAAGGGAUCACCCCUUGUUAAAGAUGAAGAAUGUUAUAAUAACUCCUCACAUUGGAAGUGCCACCAAGAAGACACGCUGGGUUAUGAUGGAGGAAAUGGCAGAAAGCAUAGAGGCAGGCCUGGCAGGUCUUCCUAUCCCUCGUGAGGUGCUGCCCUAAAGCAGCUUGCAUUUAGGAUUAAUGCCAGCAGUGCAGAAAGAGCAAUUUGAUCACUUUUCACGUAAUUAUUUCGUGCAAUUUCGUGUUAUGCAGAUAAAAUAUACAAAGCACAGGUGCAAUUUACUUAAAUACCCAGCAGUGGUUCUGUAUGGAAAACUGCAGUGUUUUGUCUUGAUAUUCAAUGGAAAAGCUCCAGAGCA